UUGGGAGGAGAAAAGGUGGGAAGAAUAAAUAAAAUGCCAUUACAGUUUGGUCUGAUCUUUGCUGACCUGUGGUGAAAGGGAACAUGGUGAGAAUCCAUUUUAGUGCAAUGUGUGUUGGAUGCACUUUCCUGGGGAUGGCAUCACUGGCCACCAUUGUUGGGUUGUGGACCGUUCAACUCCUUCCUUCUACGGGAACUCCCGCUGAGCCCUGGAACGAGCAUCGUCUACCAGACACUCUGGUUCCAGACUACUACAACAUCACGCUCUGGCCUCGACUCCAGCCGAACAUUCACGGCCUCUUUGUAUUCACUGGUAAUUCCAGCUUGGUCUUCAAAUGUCUGAGGGAGACCGAUCUCAUCCUCAUUCACGCCAAUAAGCUGAACCUGACCUCGACAGAUGGAUAUGUGGCCAAACUCUUCGCGCUUGGUAUCUCAGUAGCGCCCUCAAUUCAGAAAACCUGGAUGCAGGAGACGACACAGUACCUUGUUAUACAGUUGAAGGGGAAGCUGAAAGCUGGAGAGCUCUAUGAGCUUUACACAGAGUUCGUGGGAGAACUUGCAGAUGACCUGGCAGGGUUCUACCGAAGCGAAUAUGAGGAGAAUGGAGAGAAAAAGAUAGUAGCCACCAGCCAGAUGCAUCCCACACAUGCUCGCAAGACCUUUCCAUGUUUCGAUGAACCUGCAAUGAGAGCGGUUUUCUACAUCACUCUCAUCCAUGACAGAGGAACCGUGGCCCUGUCGAAUGGAAUGGAAAUCGAGAAAGCUGACACUGUUCUUGAUGGACAACCUGUUACGGUGACAACAUUUGAACCCACAAAGAACAUGUCCUCCUAUCUAUUGGCACUGGUUGUCAGUGACUAUACAAAUGUUACAUCAGCAAAUGACACCUUGAUACGAAUAUGGGCCCGUAAGAAAGCCAUCGAGGACGGUCACGGUGAUUAUGCCCUGAAUAUAACUGGGCCAAUCCUCAAGUUUUUUGAAAACUAUUACAGUGUACCAUAUCCUCUCUCAAAAUCAGACCAGAUUGCCCUGCCUGAUUUUUACUUUGGGGCGAUGGAGAAUUGGGGUCUGGUGACGUACAGGGAGACAAACCUUCUAUAUGAUCCAGUCAUCUCCUCCAAUGCAAACAAAGAGAGAACGGCCACCAUUAUAGCCCAUGAACUGGCACACAUGUGGUUUGGCAACCUUGUGACUCUAAAAUGGUGGAAUGAAGUUUGGUUAAAUGAAGGUUUCGCGUCUUAUGUGUCAUAUCUUGGUGCAGACUUUGCUGAACCGUCUUGGAACGUGAAAGACUUGAUCAUCCUUAAAGACGUACACCGUGCUUUUGCUGUGGAUGCUUUGGCCUCCUCCCAUCCCCUGUCUUCGAAAGAGGAAGAUAUUAUUAAACCAGAGCAGAUCACUGAGCAGUUUGAUACAGUCUCCUACAGCAAGGGGGCGUCGGUUUUGAGAAUGCUGUCAGACUUCCUUACCGAGCCUGUGUUCGUGCAAGGACUAAAUACUUAUCUCACCACGUUCGCCUAUCAAAAUACAGUCGGUGAGGACCUGUGGAAUCACCUUCAAACUGCUGUUGAUAAGACUGGAACAGUUCUUCCCUUAAGUGUCAAAGAAAUCAUGGACCGCUGGGUUCUUCAAAUGGGCUUCCCGGUGGUCAUAAUCAACACCACGACAGGCCAGGUCUCUCAGAUGCACUUCCUGCUGGAUCCUGAGACUACAUUAGAGAGGCUCUCUCCAUUCAAUUAUGAAUGGAUUGUACCCAUCAAUUGGAUGAAGGCAGAGGUGGAACAGCCACGCUUUUGGCUCACAGAAAAAACUGCUUUUCACUCUGAUAUGAAGGCAACUGGAAACGAAUGGGUGCUGGUGAAUCUGAACAUCACUGGAUAUUACAGAGUGAACUAUGACACUGAGAACUGGGAGCGUCUCCUGAAUCAACUGACAGAGAACCAUGAGGUCAUUCCAGUCAUCAACAGAGCUCAGAUAGUGGAUGAUGCAUUUAACCUUGCUAGGGCAAAGAUAAUUCCUGUCACUUUAGCUCUAAAAACUACAAAGUACUUAUCUAAAGAAAGAGAUUACAUGCCAUGGCAGUCUGCGCUCAACAACCUGGAUUAUUUUUACCUCAUGUUUACACAAACUGAAGUCUAUGAAUUUUUACAGAACUACACCAGGAAGCAGGUGACCCCCCUUUUUGAACAUUUUAAGACUAUUACUGAAGAUUGGUCACAUGUGCCCACUGGCCAUACAGACCAGUACAAUCAAGUUAAUGCCAUUAGAUUUGCCUGUAGCACGGGUGUAGAUGAGUGUCAAAAUCUCACUACAAGCUGGUACAGACAGUGGAUGGACCAAACAUUUUGGAACAAAAAAAUCUAUCCACAUUAUUACAUAUAUCUAAUUCGGAUCUCUUUUUCCAGAAUUCACCCCAAUUUAAGGUCUACAGUGUACUGCAGUGCUAUUGCCUCAGGUGGCGCUGACGAGUGGGACUUUGGCUGGCUGAUGUUUAAGAACGCCAUCGGAAUAGAAGCUGAUAAACUCAUGUCAGCCCUGGCUUGUGCAAAAGAUACCAAACUUUUAGAAAGGUACCUUGGAUACACGCUUGACGCAUCAAUGAUCCGUAAACAGGACGCUUCCUCUGUCAUUGUGUAUAUUGCCAGCAACCCAGAUGGACAGACAUUGGCUUGGGAUUUUGUCAGAAGGAACUGGGUGUAUAUGUUCACAGAGUACGGUGUGGGGUCUUUUAACUUUGCCAGCCUUAUAAGUGGCAUAACAAAAACAUUUUCAACUGAAUCAGAACUUGAGCAGCUUCUGCAGUUUAAGAGUGACAAUUCAGAGAUUGGCUUUGGAUCAGGGACAGCAGCUCUGGAACAGGCCAUCGAGAAGACAAAAGCCAAUAUAAAAUGGGUGGCUGAAAACCAGAAAGAAAUCACAGACUGGCUGAUGGCUGAAUCUGCUUAAAAACCACAAAGACAAAACAAAUGAUGUUAGUCUCCUUUGUGUAUAUGUGUAAUGAUAAAGAAAAACAUUUUUGCAUAGCAUAACCAGGUGAGCAGUGUAUAUAAAGUAUAAAAAAAAAACUUUUGAAAUAUUUGAAUGUUUAUCAAUUUAAUUUUGAUUGUUAAAUUUUGAUUUGUUCUGUAAUCAGAUAAAUACUCUGAUGAACCACAAAAAAAUGGUAAAACUGUUCUCUUGUAUCAUGAUAUGAAAAUAAACUUCUAAUAGAAGAAA